AAGGAUGGUCCAUGUGAUGGGGGAUGCCGGCUGCUGGUUCCUGCUCGGGCUCUCCCUCCUCCCCAUCGCCGUCCUGGGCUCCCAGGACGAUGGGAAGGUGAUCCACAUCAACAGGGUGCAGCACCAGGCGGUGCGUGUGGGGCUGGGGGAGCCCGUGGCCCUGCCCUGCCUCUUCCUGCUCCAGCCCUCCGCCUCGCUGGGGCCCAACGAGCCCCCCGACCCUCCCCGCGUCAAAUGGAGCAAGGUGCGCUCGGCCACCGGCCAGAGGGAGGACGUCCCCAUCCUGGUGGCCAAGGACAACGCGGUGAAGGUGGUGAAAGCCUACGAGGGCCGGGUGUCCCUGCCUGGCUACCCCCGCGACCGCUACAACGCCACGCUGCUGCUGCGCGCCGCCCGUGCCAGCGACGCUGGGCUGUACCGCUGCGAGGUGGUGGCUGGCAUCGACGAUGAGCAGGACCUGCUGCCCCUGGAGGUGACGGGCGUCGUCUUCCACUACCGCCCCGCGGGCGAGCGCUAUGCACUGACCUUCGCCACCGCCCGCCGCGCCUGCCUGAACAACUCGGCCGUCAUCGCCUCGCCCCAGCACCUCCAGGCCGCCUUCGAGGAUGGCUACGACAACUGUGACGCGGGCUGGCUGGCUGACCAGACCGUGCGGUACCCCAUCACGCUCUCCCGGCCCGGCUGCUACGGAGACCGCAACAGCCUCCCCGGCGUCCGCAGCUAUGGCCAGAGAGAGCCCAGUGAAGAGUACGAUGUCUACUGCUACGCCCGGGAGCUGCGAGGGACGGUGUUUUACGCCACGGUGCCAGGGCGGUUCACGUGGCAGGGGGCCCGGAGGCACUGCCGGAGCCGGGGGGCUUCGUUAGCCACCACGGGGCAGCUCUACCUGGCGUGGCGCGAGGGCCUGGACCAGUGUGACCCAGGCUGGCUGGCCGACGGCAGCGUCCGCUACCCCAUCAGGCUCCCGCGCAGGAAAUGCGGUGGAGAGGCCUCGGGCGUCAGGACCCUCUACCAGUUCCCCAACCGCACCGGCUUCCCCCCCGCUGCCUCCAAAUUCGAUGCCUACUGCUAUAAAGGUAAGGGGGACCAGCCGGAGCCGGAGGAGCUGGUGCCACCCACGCCCGACCCACCGGGCAGCGACAACGUGCUGGUGGAGCACAGCGAGGACCUGGGCACGUCGGGGGACGCCCGGGACACCCUGCAUGACCGCUACGGCCUCCUGCCGCAGCCGGGGCCCGCGGGGCUGGGUGAGGAUGAGGAUGAGCAGUUGCGGCCGGCGAGCAGCAGCCCAGCGGCACAGCGCGGUGACCUCCCCAGGGCUGCACCGUCGUGGGCGCGGGUGGCUCACGGCCUGGGGCUGGGUGAUGGCACAUCCCUGCCUCCCACCAUGGCCUCCUCGCCGGCGUGGCCCCGUGAGGAUGAAGCUCUCAAUGUGGUGGACCAGGCACCGGUGAGCUCUCGGCAGGAUCUGCCCAGCACCAGCCCAGCACCGCUGGUGCAAGAAGCCCCUGGCCCCAAGGAUCCCCCAGCCACCCUCCUGCCACAGUCGCAAAGCCCAGCCCGGGAGCACGUCACCGGCUCACCGCCGGCACCGCCAGGGCUGGAGACGGUCCCCAGCAUGGCAGCAGAGACCCCCAGCACCCCACCGGCCAGCUCCCAUGCCCCGAGGCGGAGCAGCUAUGCCGGGCUGAAUGGGCGCUACUUCCAGCUGCAGCGGCAGAGCCGGGACCCCGCAGUGGCAGUUGGGGACCCCACGGUGGCUGGGGACAUGGUGGGGACGGUCACCCAGGCCCCCGUCCUGGCCCUGGAGGUGAAGGGGGCUGCAGCCAACGCGGUGGAGACGUGGAGCAUCCCCCAUGCCGGCACCGAGCGCCUCCAGCGGGAGGGCACCUACUCACCCUCCAACACGGUGGAGGAGGAGAUCGGCCCGGAGCUGAUGGCACCGGCCACCGCUCCGGUGUCCCCCUCGCCACAGGCGCCUGCCCGGAGGGAUUCACCGUGGUGGAGCCCCCGCACGGCUGCCCGCAAUCCCGGGGGGCCCACAGCAACACCCCCUCCGCCGUCCCCAUCCCUCCCCACCUCCGCAGUUCCCCACGAUGCUCUUGGCCACCAGGACAUCAUUACGGUUGGGGCUCAGCCCCGCGUCCCCAGCGCCCGCGGGGACUCUCCCCGGCCACCCGCGGAUGCCACCGAGGACUUCUCUGGGGAUGCCCUCUCCCAGGAGGGUGGCAGCUCUGUCCCGCCACGGCCCCCACUGCCCCCGGCCCCGCUGGUGGCCGAGGGCCCCGAGAUGGCCCCGCAACCCCGUGGUGAUGGCGGUGACGGCAGUGGGGCCCCGGGCGAUGGCUCGCUGGAGAGGCAGAGGAAAGCAGUGACCUUCUUCCACCCGCCCGGCCCCCCGAGCCAGCCGAGCCGCCGGCUGAGCCCAGCCGCGAGCGGCCAACUGGCCCCCGGCGAUGAGGAUGCCUCUGGGGAGGUGAAGAGGGAAGAGCCCCCCGUGCCCCCCGACUUGGCCACCCGCAGCCCCUGGCCAUCACCCACUGCCCCCCACCCAUGGGUGCCGGAGGUGCCUGAGUCCCCGAGCGCGGGGCCGCUCUUCGAGCCCUCCGUGGCGGCUUUGCUGCGGGGGCCGGGGGGGUCCCCGCUGCUGGAUGCUGACAGCGGGAGCGGCGAGGAGCCAGGGCUGGAGGAGCGGGAGCUGCUGGCCUGGGCGAGCACUGGCAACGCCAGCCAGCACGCUCCGGCUGACCCCUGCCAGAACAACCCCUGCCUGCACGGCGGGACCUGCCACGCCAACGGCACCGUCUGCGGCUGCAGCUGCGCGCCGGGCUUCACCGGGGAGAACUGCGAGAUCGACAUCGACGACUGCCUGUCCCGCCCAUGCCAGAACGCCCGCUGCGAGAAAGACACGGAGGGCUGCGACCACAACUGGCACAAGUUCCAGGGUCACUGUUACCGCUACUUCGCCCGCCGGCGCUCCUGGGAGGACGCAGAGCGGGACUGCCGCCGCCGCGCCGGCCACCUCACCAGCAUCCACUCGCAGGAGGAGCAUGGCUUCAUCAACGGCUUCGGGCACGAGAACACCUGGAUCGGGCUCAAUGACAGGAUCGUGGAGCAGGACUUCCAGUGGACCGACAACACCGGCUUGCAAUACGAGAACUGGCGGGAGAACCAACCCGACAACUUCUUUGCGGGCGGCGAGGACUGCGUGGUGCUGGUGUCCCACGAGAUCGGCAAGUGGAACGACGUGCCCUGCAACUACAACCUGCCCUACAUCUGCAAGAAAGGCACAGUGCUGUGCGGACCCCCGCCGGAGGUGGCGAACGCCUUCACCGUGGGGAAGAAGAAGGAAAAGUACAGCAUCCACUCCAGCGUGCGCUACCAGUGCGAGGAGGGCUUCACCCAGCGCCACGUGCCCACCAUCAAGUGCCACAGCACCGGCAAGUGGGACCGGCCCAAAAUCCUCUGCACAAAACGUUAG